CCUGCCUCGCUGCUCCUGCAACCGCUGCAACACGCCCCGAACCAUCCGUUCGCUUCCACUGCACUGCACCGCCAUGAUUCCCAGGCUACCUCCGGCUAGCCUACGCCCCCUCCGGCUUCCCUAUUUGCCACUGCCAAGGCAACAUCUCUCGUCACACACCAACUCCGCAAUUUACCUCCAACUGUUCACCGCGAUCAUGGCACACCGGCCGUCCACUCUCUCUGCGUGCUAGUCCACUCCAUCACCAUUUAAGCCGGGCCGCUCCCCUGCGCUCCGUCACAAGUCACGAGUCGCGCCCCACUCACGAGCUCGCGAGUCGCCGCGCCAAGCCAAGCGGGCGCCCGUUCCGGCUUCCGACGAGUGACACCGCAAGCUGAGCAGAGCGAGAAGCCAGAAGCCACACCAUGUCGUCGUUGGCAGGCGGCUGGGACCGGCGUGGUGGCAGCGGCAGGCUGGGGCUGCCGCGGCAGCAGCCGCCGGUGGCGGUGGACGUCGGUUGCAACUGCCGCGGGGCGAGGCUGCUGGGCUCCCUCGUCUCCGCGCUCAAGUCCCACGCGCGCGGCGCCCUCGGCAAGGCCAAGCCGUCUCCGCACGCGCCGUCGCCGUGGUCGUCGUCGGGCGCCACCGCCACGACGGCCUUCACGCCCUCCGUCUCCGCCACCACGGCCACCUCGGCCUCCUCCGCCGCCGGCAUCCUCCACUCGUGGGGCCCCGCGACGUACGCCGUCAACGCCAGCGCCCUCUACGACGGCGGCGACGGGGUUCACGACGCCGACCUCGCGAGGCGGCAGCGUCGGCGGCGGCGGAGGAGGAGCAGGAGAGCGGGGCAGGGGAGGAGGGCUGCGGCGCCGGGGGAGGAGGAGGCGGCGGCGGCGGUGGCGGUGGAGGUGGAGUCCGCGGCGCCGUACGAGGACUUCCGCGAGUCGAUGGUGGCGAUGGUGACGGAGAAGGAGAUGUACGCGUGGGAGGACCUGAACGCGCUGCUGCACCAGUUCCUGGCGCUCAACUCGCCGCGCCACCACCCGCUCAUCCUCACCGCCUUCGCCGACCUCUGGGCGCCCCGCGGCGGCCUCUUCUGCCCCCCAUCCCCGUGCCUCCUCUGACUGAGCCUGCCACCUCGCUCCCAGCUCCCUCACCAUCGCCCUCGCCGCCAGUAAACGCUGACGCAUACGUGUUCCGAAGCUAAGCUUCGCGAGAAUUGAGAUGCCAGUGUCCUAGACCCUAGUACUAAGCUAUACUACUUACUGUACGUAGGAAAAAAACUAGGCGCUGCUACUACUAAUUAAGCUUAUAGUACUACUUACUGUACGUAGGGGGAAAAAACUAGGCGCUGCUACAGUGCUACUACUAUCAGGUAUCAGCAGCGGCAGCGCAGUAAUGUGCAAGGCUAGUGUGCAUGUGACGUGAUAAUGGCCCGAAGUUGUUCUUAUACUUGUAAUUUGUACUAAGUUGUUCUUUAACCUUAUCCCAGAUGCAUGGCGCGGGCGCGCCGCCAUUUCAUUUGC